GGUAACGGUGGUCGUUAUUCGUAUGGUGGUGGCGGUGGUGGUGGUGGUGGUGAUGGCGGUGGCGGUGGUAAUGGAUUUGGCGGUGGCUUCCAUUCGAACGGAGGCAAUAGCCACAAAAGUCAUAUGCAGCGCAGCGAUGAUUAUUUCAUAUCACAGCGGCUGCGAAAUAUUAGUGGCCCAACUCUGGAGCUGGCGCCAAUGAGUGAUGAGGAAGUUAUAUUUUCUGGACGCAAUCGGCUGUAUGUCGGCAAUUUGGCCACUGAAUUACAAAAGGAGAAAGGCUUGCGUGAGUUGUUCAACCCUUAUGGCGAGUUGGGGGAUAUCUUUUAUGGUCCCGAUAAGAAGUUUGCGUUCGUUAAGGUCGACUAUCAUGCCAAUGCCGAGAAGGCCAAGCGUGCUUUGGACGGUACAAUGACCCAUGGAAGACAGCUGCGCGUCCGUUUCGCAGCCAGCGCUACGUCGAUGCGUGUUAGGAAUCUGACACCUUUCGUCACCAAUGAGUUGCUCUACAGGGCUUUCGAAAUCUUUGGGCCUGUCGAGCGGGCCUACAUAAUAGUUGAUGAUCGUGGCAAUCAUAUGGGCGAGGGCAUUGUAGAGUUUGCCAAGAAAUCAUCGGCCAACAUCUGCUUGCGCAUGUGCCAAGAGAAGUGCUUCUUCUUAACUGCCUCGCUGCGUCCAUGCAUCGUAGAGCACAAAGAAAUGACAGAUGAGAACAAUGGAUUCCCCGAAAAGUCCAUCACCAAGAAUAGCCUAUACAACAAGGAGCGCAGCUUUGGUCCACGCUUCGCUGAACCAGAUUCAUUCGACCAUGAAUACGGCUCCAGGUGGAAGGAGCUGUAUCUGCUAGGCAAAGCCAAAGCUGCAGCUCUCAAGCGUGAAAUGAAGCUUGAAGAGCAAAAACUGGAUGAACAACUUGAGCUCAUUCGCUAUGAGCGCGAGACCCAGAUCUUGCGUCAAGAACUUCGAAAACGUGAAGCUGACAAUGAGCGAUUGAAAAUGGAGUGGGAAAUGCGUCAGAAACAAUCGAUGGAGAUGGACCUGUUCGAUGAUUCGGCCAUGACGCGUCGUCAGAACUUCCAGAUGCGUCAGGAUAUCCCGUUGAGACGUCGCCAACAGGAGAGGCCUAUUUAUAGAUCGGAGCAACCAGAUGGCUUUGGCGGCAGCUGUGACUAUGCUAACAGAGAUAUGAACAUGGAAAACACGCCUUUUGUGGUCUUUGGAGAUGCACAAAAUAUUGGAAAUCUAUCUGGAUCUGCUACCCAUAAUCAGGCUGCAUUUGAUAUCAAUUUUGAUGAUCGCAAUCGAAAUAUGGUACAAGGAAAUGAGGAUAUUGGCGAUAAUGCUCUAUGGGGACGCCGCUCUAUGUAAAAAGAAAAGCUCAAAAUCAAAUACAUAAGAAUUGUUUAAUUUGUAUGCUUUUUUUAAUAAAGACCAAUCAAUUAUUCGGCUCGGCCAUACGGCGUGCUAGUCGGAUACCUGCUCAUGCU